CGAGGCUGUGAUACACCUGGUGAUACGUCAAAUCUGGGCGAUCGCCGCAUUGAUUGCACGCUUCCCAAUCUAGUCUAGUGCGGGAUACCUGCUUAGGUGGCCUGAGGCAGCAAGAAAAUUACUAUUUGAGAAGUCAGGUGACCUACGGCCCGCCUUUUGGGCCGGCUGCAAAAGUAGUGCCGAGAGAGAUACCGCCUGCCGAAAAUAGCAGGCUCGGCAAAAAGCGCGGUGCCCGGGCCGAUUCUGCCCAUUCACGAGUCAACCGGCCGAGGAUGAAGAUCUCUCGACAAUUUUCCUACCUUCAAUUAACUUCACUUACUGCGGUUACAGUCGAAAAUAUAGAGCAUUGCUCGAAGUCUCCUAUAUAACAGAUUGUCUAAGCCUCUACAGCAUGUCCAAAUUAUCCCCUACCCUCAAAAAGCUCAUCAACUCCCCGCAUGCGCGCCCAGGAACCAUUCCGGCGCCAGCACAGAUCAGCGCUGUGUAUUCGAUUAUUGCGCAGGAAGCUGGACCACGGAAUGUAGGCUUAAAGGCGUGGUUUGGGGCUGCUACCGCAGCAACAAUGACCAUGAACUCCCCCGAAUCCCUCGUCCAGCUCCACAAACUAGUCUCUGAACAAAAGUCCCAAAAGGAAAGCGUCUAUCUAGCCGAACUCAUUCGGGAAAUCGGCUUGAAAUGUAUUGGGUUCAAUGGUAUCCCACGCACAAUAAACUGCCUGGGUGAGUUCCGAGCCGGUUUACCAGAUGACGUGCGCAAUGCCCUCGCAACACAACCACGCCGAAGCUUGAAAUCAGAAGUCGUCCCUGACAUCCUGACUCGGGGGCAAUCGCUCUGGAAAUCCAUCUACUACCCCUUCGAAACCAAACUGCAGGAGAGACUCGCCGAGUCACAUCCCGAUCUCCCUGUGCAUAUUAUCGAGGGCGAGUACGGUAAUUUGUUCGCAGACCCGACAUCACCUAGUGAAGGUGUCGUGCCGGCGACGGUCGGUCGCGUGCUCACGUCGAUUGUCGCCGUGGCAUGUUUGCGCGCGCAGACUGGUGUUGGGCCGCAGGUUGUCUCGCAUGUUUUUGGGCUGCGCAAGGCGUUUGAGGAUGGCACGGCUAAGACUGAUGAAAUUGACGGCGGGGAGUGGCUUGCGUCGGAUGAGGGGAGUAUCUGGUUGAUUGGAGUCGUGGAUCGGAUCGUUGACGCGAUUGGCAAGGGCGAUGGGACGAGUUUCGCGCCAGGGCUGAAGGCGAAGCUGUAAUUUUAUUGCUCUGGUUAGUAUAUAUUGAUCAGUUCGUGGGUUGUAUAUAAAUUGCGUUGAAGAAUAGAGAUGAUGCCAUUAAUCAUUGAUACACA